AUGACCAAUGCCAUCACUGCCCGCGACUUCACGGUCGGCUGGGUCUGCGCUCUGCCCAUCGAGCUCGCAGCCGCAAUAGAAAUGAUGGACGAGGAAUACGCUGAUCUCCCGUCACAACAGUCUGAUUCAAACGUCUACUCCUUUGGCCGCAUCGGCGUCCACAACAUCGUAGCUGCCUGCCUGCCCGUCGGCCAGAUGGGCACGAACCAAGCGGCCGUCGUAGCCAGUCAGAUGAAAACCAACUUCCCCUCGUUGCGGUUCAGCGUCCUCGUUGGAAUCGGCGGUGGCGUUCCGAACCUUGAAGACGACAUCGACAUUCGGCUCGGCGACGUCGUCAUUAGCCAGCCGACUGGGCAGCAUGGUGGAGUAAUUCAAUAUGAUUUCGGCAAGACUGGGGCUAACGGUCGCAUCGCUCGCACCGGUAGCCUCAAUGCGCCACCGACAAUCCUCCUUAAUGCUCUGGCUAAACUCCGCGCAAAUGAUGAUCGGGGCAAGACGCAAGUCCCUAUACAUCUAUCCAAACUCUCCAGUCGUCCAAACUUCGCAUCGCCAGGCUCAGCUCAAGACAUUCUUUUACGAAGCAGCGUCGAUACACAUUGCCGGAAACACAUGUGUAAAGUGCCGUUCAGAAGACAUGAUACGCAGGGAACCACGCACAACGACUGA